UGCUGUAACCUUUCCUCCAUAUGCGUUGAGAUUGAAGAUCCCCGAAUUACAAACCAACAUGGCCAAUGAGAGUGGCUGGGUAAGGUCUUCGGGUGCCCAUGGAAAAUCGGAGUCUAAAACUGCCUCUUCCAUAUUCGUCCUUUUCCUCCUGCUCAGCAUCUUGGCCAUCUCGUGCUGCGGCUGUGGUUCAAGUCCGGGCAGAUUUUACCUAGACUUCGUAACAAUCCGUAACAAAAUUCCUUAUAUUGUACUUCGAAGUCGAAGGGUCUUUUCAGCCAGAAUUUCCUUUGUUUCUUUUUUUUUUUCACGCGCGGCGCGUUUCCGAGAACCGCUCACUUUUCUCUCCCAACAUUCGCCUCCCAUCUUGGAAAUCGCGCCUCUCUCUCGGCUUCGGGAUCCUGGCCGCCGUCGGAAAGAACUUGCUCUCUGGGCCGACGGAAUGAGUUUGCUCUCGUCACUCAUGGCUCAAGACCAGAUGGCGGUCAUCGUAGUGGACACUGACAGCUACCCCGAAGAAACAUCCAGCUUCUCGGAGGCAGAUUUGACAUUUGAGGAUACACGUUUUCCUGAGAUCAUCUCUGUCAGUUCAAUGGAAGGAACACCACCUGCCAGUCUGCUUCGCCCAAACGCAGGUUGUUUUGCUGCCCACAGUCGGUUUGCUCCUCCUCUCACCACACUUCAAUGGGCCUCCAGUCUCUUGGUAGAGAGCUACAGUUCUGAUCUUGACAUUUCUACAAGUUCUGUGGAAGAAAUAAGCACCUCUAUGUUAAGCAAAGAAAAUAUUGCACAUGAAGUGAAAUAUAAUGAGAGGCAUAUUGAAGAUAUCUGUAUAUGCUGUGGAGGGUUUGAGAUUUACACUCAACAUCCUUUGUUUCAUGGAGGGAUGUGUGCUCCUUGUUCGGAAAGAUUUUUGGAAAGAUUCUUCCUGUGUGAUGAUGAUGGCUACCAAGCUGAUUGUACCAUCUGCUGCUGGGGCAAAUCUCUAAUAAUGUGUGAUCAUUCAGCAUGUCACAAAUGCUUUUGUGAAGAAUGUGUGGACACCCUUGUUUAUCCUGGGUGUGCAGAAGAAAUAAAAGAAACAACUACCUGGAUAUGCUUCAUGUGUGCACCUCAACAUGUAAAUGGAUUGCUAAAAAGGAGAAUAAAAUGGCGUGCAAUUCUGAAAAAUUUCUAUGAUCAAGAAUCUAACAGCACUAAUAUAUGGAUAUAUCAGCUAUUGUCUCCAUGGGAGAGAAAGUCAAUCCAUGUGCUUUCACUUUUUGACAAUAUUACAGAGGAAUUGAAAAGCUUGGGGUUUCUAGAGGAAAGGAGAGGCAAUGGGUACCUAAAGUACAUGGAUGAUGUCACAGAUGUGAUAAGAACAAAUAUAGAAGAAUGGGGUCCAUUUGAUUUUAUUUUUGGCUCAACUCCUCCUGUAGCAAAAUUUUACAAACAUCCAUCUGCCUGGUAUUUUUACCAAUAUUUUCGUAUACUUCAGUAUGGAAGUCCUGAAGAAAAAAAUAAAAAGCCAUUUUUUUGGCUAUUUGUAGACAACAUUGUCUUGGAUGAAGAAGAGAGAGAUGCAGCUUCUCGCUUUUUUCAGAUGGAAGCAGUUCUCAGAUAUAAACAAGAUGACAGCAAUGUCCAGAAUGCAGUGCAUAUCUGGAGUAACAUUCCAUCUGUUAAUAGCUUUGGACUUUUGGUCUUGUUUCUUUGGGUUUGGAGAUCUGCUGAAACAGAAGUGAUUGGCAUAAUAGGAAGCAGUAUUGAAUUGCAAUGCUCUUAUCCAGAAGAAGAAUCCUUAAACUACAAUACGAAUCGAAUAUUAUGGCAAAUAAAAGACAGGUUUUCAUGCUUUGUAGCUGGUUAUUUUCCUAAUGAAAAUAUGGAAGAGGACCAGUGUGAAGAAUUCAAACGACGGACUCUAUUAAAUGAGCCAAAACAAGGCAGUGCUUCUUUGCAGUUGUCAAACAUCAGGAUAGCAGAUGAAUUUAUCUAUGAGUGCAUAAUACAGAAAAAAAUAAAUGGACGGUUUAAACUCAUUCAUAAUGAAUCCAUAUCGCUCAAAGUGGCAGCAAAUUACAGCAAACCAGUAAUAACAGGUCCUGUGCAGCUCGGAGAAGAAAUAAUGUUUAUGUGCAAUUCAAGCCAUGGCUAUCCAGAACAAAAGCUUUAUUGGAUAAAUGAAAUGGACAACAGCACCAUGAACAUAACUGUGCAGUUCACCAAAGAGCUUGAUGGGUCUUUCAGUGUAUUCAGUACAUUGAAGAUGAAAGUAGCUUCUGAUAUAAAGUUAGGGUGUACAAUUGAACAUAAGCAACUGCAUCAAAAUAUUACUACCACAAUUGAUUUAAAGAAUUCAACAAACAGCCCUAUAAUUUAUAACAAAUAUCAUGAAAGAGCUGUAGCCUUCAGCAUUCCUAUUGCUGUUCUCAUACUUUUUAUUGCAUGCAUAAGCUGGAAAAUAUGUAAGCAUUCUCCUCGAACAACAUAUACUGCUCCUGUGGAAGUGGUAAAUUUCCAAGGGCCAUAGGUUCCCUGGGAACAAGUCAGAUGACACUGGAGCCCAACCUUGACGAAUUCCUUCACAUAUUGGACAUAGUGUGCUUUAUGAAACUAAAAACUGAACGUUCCCUGCAAAUAACAAAGUUCUAAUGAAAUUCGGCUGAAAAUCAACUGAAGUCAACUUUCAGCUGUGUCUACUAUGGGUUGGAGAUAAAGGCAACCUUCUAAAUAAGGUUUUUGGAUCCCUAUAUUUUGUGAUGGUUGUAAGCUGUUACUGUUCUGAGUCAACAGUGGGCAAUUUCAGCCUUCGCAGCAUAAGGUCCAAACUUUGAUUGCUUCCUUAUGCUCAUUGGAUGCCCCUCCUAAUUAGGGAAUUUAAAGACCAUAUUGGAGAUUUCAUGGCCUUACAUGCGCUACAAACAUUGUAAAUUAUAAAUGGCACUACUGUUACCAAUUAUUUGGCAGAGUUCUCUCAUUGAGUUGGCCGUAUCUGAUUGACUACAUUGCCAUUUCAAGAAAUCUAUGUUUCUCAAUUCUCCAGUUCCAUAUUGUAUCAUCCCAAGGGUGAUUAUUGUCCCAACAAACUGCUUUUGGGGUCCCCGUUUUGAAUAUUCUCUCUCAAUGAGCCACUUCCACUAUGUGUUCCCUAACCUUUUCGGGUUGGCAGCCAGGCAUGGGGGGGGAGGAAUGGUUUUGUGCAAGGGGCAUACGUGCAUGCAUGCACCUACUGCAAGCAUGAGGGGGGGCUGCGAGCGUCAGCGCAUGCCGCAAGCACAAGGGGACUACGAGUGCCAGUGCACAUUGGGGGCUGCAAGUGCUGGCAUACUCUGCUUGCAUGACAUAGGCUGUGCGUGUGCCACCACUCACACAGCCCAGUUGCAAACAGGCCACGGCCUGGCAGUGGCCACAGGCCACAGGUUGGAGACCUCUGUUCUAGAUGAUAGGUCCCCCAUCAAACUUUGCCAUUUUACAUUCAUUUAGUUUAAUUUUUUCAGCCAAUUCUCUCUACUAGUCCAUCUAGUGAUAACAAGAAUCAGCACUCUUAACUAACCUUGGCUUGAUAAUAUGGGCCACACAGCCAAGAAACAACUAAUUUCCUGCUUUAAAGGAAUAUAAAAAAGGAUCCUCUCCUACUCAGGACCUGCUUAGGACCUGCUUCUCUUCAAGAGGAAAUAUAAACAGUUAUUGUAGACAAAGAAGAGGCAAUCUUGUAUCUCUGAUAGUCUUGGAUUCAAGUAAUUUUUGUUGCUCAUUCUAAGAAUUCAGCUUUAUUCUAGGAAUGUAUAACUCUUCAAUCUGCUUCCCCUAAUAUACAAAUUUCAUCUUUCAAUCCCACUUCAGUUUGGGAAGAUGAUUUCAUUGCUGUACAUCCAGGAAGAAUUACCCCACCAAAGAGGGAAUUAGACCAUGAAGUUUUAUCUGUUUCCUUCCUCCCCUCCUCAGGCUAUAAAAUUACAAAAGUGAUUGCACAGUUGAAACCAAACAAGCUCCAGGAUAUGAUUUUAUUUCAGCAGAGGCUAUUUGAAACAACUUAAAUUGGUGGGUGCCCAUUCUGAAUUUCUUACUCACUUACAUUAAUAAUGCUAGAGUCUCUGAUGAUUGAGACCUAGAUUGAAUCUCCAUAGACAUUUAUUGUGUACGCAGAUGAUGCCUUGGUGCUUUCUCAAACAAGACUGUCCUGAAACAGGCACACCAUACAGCUGAGCACUGUCAUGAAGAAUGAUUAGAAAUUAUUCAGCAUUAUUUGCAGAUUUUGGAAAUUAAAAAGAAAUGUCAACUCGCAACGCAUCACUGGCCUGUUGUCAAGUUGCCAUAGGCAAGGGGGAUGGGAAAACGAACUUUGCAGCUGCAGUGAGAGAGCACUUCAGUCAAAACAAAAGCACAUUCCAGCCAUCUCUCUGUCAAGGCAAUCUCCGUGCUUACCAACAGUGGCUGUGCUUCAUUGGAGAAUGUGAUUGAUGACACACCUUGGGGGGGGGGGGAACAUCAGAGCCGGUAUGUAAAUUAAGGUCAGAGUUGGCUUCACUUGCAACCUGCUGACAUGAAGCUCCUAAUAAAUAACUGGAUUUCUUUUGAA